AUGUACAUUUUGAGAAGGGAACUGAGAGUGCAACUUGAAGUGUUUGUGUUAGCCUUUCUUCUUUGUGUAGUUCAAGGUGAAAUUAAUGGAUUGUUGAGUGAAGAGAAUAAAGAUAGUUCGUUUGAAAGCGAAAUGUUUAGUCAAGAAGCUUGGGACGUGACGGAAAAUACGGAAAUGAGCGCGAAAAAUCCAAGACAGGCACUUAAAAACGAUUUGAUGCGCUUGUUUGAAAAGGACGUUCGGUUUGUGGUCGCACUUUUGCCUUCUGAAACCUUAGAAUAUAAAUAUGAAAGGACGACACCACCACACCCUGAUGAAUGA